AUGCAGGUGAAGUUAGAUGCUUCAUUGGGGAGUGAUGAAAAAUUUGUCGGAAUCCAGUCUCUGAUUCCAAAUCAGCCCCAAUGCACUGGGGCGGGUGAGAUUGUGAGGAGACUUCAUGCCUGCUCUCUCUGUGUUAGACAGGGCUAUGAAGAGCUGGAGAGGCAAUUGAAAGAAGUCUUCAAGGAAAGAAGCAACAUCCUCCGACAGCUGUCAAAGACUUCCAGGGAACUUGAUGGAAUUAAAGUCAACCUUCAGUCUUUGAAAAACGAUGAAGCAUCAGCCAAGAGUGAUGUUCAGAAACUUCUGGAAUUAGGCAAAAAACAAAGGGAAGAAAUGAAGUCUCUCCAGGAGGCCUUUCAAAAGCAACUUAAUGAGGCAGCUGAGAAAGCAGAAAAGCAGCAGGCUACAAUUAAUUUUUUAAAGACUGAAAUGGAAAGAAAGAGCAAAAUGAUCCGAGAUCUCCAAAAUGAGCAACUGGACGGCACUUGGGGAUUCUGCCUACCAACAGAGCUUCUGGUUUCUGGUCAAUGA